UGUGAGUAUUGUCAACCUGAAAAAGGAAGCCCUUCUUUUUCUCUAUUUGUCACAGUAAUUUGGCGAAUUAUUCGCCUAAAUACUCUGCCGCCAUUACGCUAUUCCAGAAUGUACUUUCCCUUCCCUUUCUCUCUUUGUUUUUCUCCUUAAAUCUCUCUUCACUACACCCCCACCAAGGGUAAACCCUCUUUUCAACUCGGCUUAGGGGCUCAUCAUCAACUCUGCUCAUAGUGUGAAUGCCAGACUUCUCUUAGAUGCUUAGAAAAUAGUGAUAAUGGAGGACCCUAAAACCCCAGAAACCCUAGAAGCAAAAAACCCAGAUUUAGAACUCCUAGAAGAAGCUUCUGAAGCUACCGACUUGCUCACUUUUAGUGAAAGUAGGAAUGGGUUAGGCUCCAUUUUGGAUGUUCAGCAUCAAGAAAAUGGUAAUGCUGUUGGAGGGAAUAGCUUAGCCCUGGAUCGAAAAGAGAAUGGUGUUAGUGUUUUUGAGACUGAAGAAGGUUGUUUAGUGGAUGAUGGAGUUGAUGGAAAGAAAGAGGAUCAAAUGGGUGUUGUAGUGGCCGAAUCAACUGAGAGGUUGGAAGAAAGAGUGGAUGGUGGGAGUCAGACAAAUGUGUUUAUAGAAACUGUUAGGGAUGGGGGAACCAAGGAAGAUGAUGGGUCGGGCAUUAAUGGAGUUGAUUCAGUUAAGAGAAUACAAAUUUCCGGAGACAACAUAUCGCUUUAUGUGGACUUUUCGGGUCCUUUAAACGAAGUAAAUGGCACUGGGUUAAUGGGAAAAAAUGAAGAGUUUAGGGAAGCUGGAAAUGAGGAGCUGAUAAUUGAUGGGCAGGAACAUAAGUUUUAUGUGGGUGAUAUUGUAUGGGUUAGAACCAAAAGUCAGACUUGGUGGCCAGGAAAGAUCUUUGAUCCUUCAGAUGCACAGGAAUAUGCUCUCAAAGGUGACCAGAGACACUGCUUGCUUGUUGGGUACUUUGGGAGUAGCCAUGUCGCGUGGUGUUGCCCAUCGCAGUUAAAGCCUUUCUAUGUCAACUUUGAACAGAUGACUGGGCAGAACAAAGCCAGAAGCUUUCUUGGUGCAGUUGAGAAGGCUGUGGAUGAUUUUGGAAAGCGCCUGAAAUUGGAGAUGACUUGUUCUUGUGUUCUGAAAGAAAAAAAGUUCUCAGUUAGCAAUUCUGCUAUUAAGGCAGGAGCUUCCAUGCCAGAGUGCAAAGUUGGUGCAUUAGGGGAGUUUUCUGCUGCUCAAUUUGAGCCUGCAAAGUUUCUUUGUCAACUCAAAAAUCUUGCAUAUGUUGUUUCAAAGCCUGGCAUGCUUGAGUUUACUGUCAUACAGAACUGUUUGUCAGCCUUUUAUUGUUCAAUAGGACAUUGCCAAUUGCCCAUGCAUCAACUUUGGAGAAUGACUUAUGAUGCGGAGAAUGCUAGCAGCAGGCCCAUGGAUGGAAGAGAUGCCACUGCUGGUUUAGCUGGAGAAAACAGCAUCUCAUAUAAGUUGUUGCUGGAACAAUCUGAUGUAACAAAGAAUCAGAUGUCACAGCUUGAUCAGAAUGCAGAUUUGGCCAAGAUCUCGGGAGAGAACUGGGGAGACAUUGUUGCUGGAGAAGGUGUUAUCUUAAGCAAACUGGCUUUUACUUCAAGGAAGAGAAAGGGGAAAAAUUAUUCUGAAGUGAGAACUAGCAGCAUCCAAAUUGAAGGGCCUCAUCAGGGUAUGUGUGUUUCUUCUGUAGAAAAUGGCAAUGAUAUGACCGAUUUAAAAAAUGAAAAGGCCUUUGAGUUGAGAGAGCGGAAGAAGAGCAAGUACUUGUCAUAUCCCUAUGUUAACUGGGAAAGCAAAGGGUUGACUGAAACUGAAGAUCCUAACACCUUGAAUGUUUCUCAUGAGGGGGUGAAUGAAUUUAUUGGGUCUCCUUCAGUUGUCAAAAGUAGUGUGAAGAGGUUCCAGAAAAAUUGGUAUAGGAAAUUCAUAAGGGGGAAUAAUGUAACUCCUUAUCCAGAGCUGAUGAAUACACCUUCUGCUGAGCUGCUUUCUGAACUACAUUUUAUAGCUGUGGAUUGCCUGUUCUCAACCGAAAGUAAAAACUUUGGUCUCAUUGAGUGGUUCUUUUCCAGAUUCAGAAUUUCAGUAUAUCAUGAUGAAUCCAUUUAUGAGAUGUACUGCAAGAAUAUGGUUGGUCAGAAAGAGGCUACAGCUACUGAUCCUUUUUUGUCAGGGAAUGAUUCACAUGACAUGAAGCCUACUUCCUCACCCUGUAUGUAUCCUGGGAAUAAAAUGCAAAAGGGAAAGAAGCUGACAAACUCUGGGAGAUCAAAAAUUAAGUCUCUUUCUGGCCUGUCAGAUGUGAACAUAAACUUUGCUACAUGUAACUUAUCAGUGAAAGAGUUCCAAGCAAUGGCCUCUGAAGCACCUAAUGGAAAACAAACUUUAGCUGGUCAGCAGACUAAACAAGCUACUGACAUACCAGAUUUAAAUGGAAAUGGUGCUAUGCCCAUCCCAUUGGCUGAAGAUUCACAAAUUAUGAGCCAUAUUGCUUCCGAGCCUAGAAAGAGAAAGAGGAAAAGAGCUGCUUCAGAGCAUUUAAAGACUAGAGCAAAUGGAAAUACUGCAACCUCCAGUUCGUUGUUGUUAGAUUUGCAAGUGACAGGCCCAUAUUCCAUCAAAACAAUUCCUGAGCAAAGUAACAGGGAGGGGUUGAAUGUUGGCCUGCCUGAUUCUAGUGGAAAAAAUGCUCAUGCAAGACCAGACAUGGGUGCGCUUGCAGCUGAAAUUAAGCCAUGUCAGAAGAAGAGAGGGAGGAAGCCAAAAGCACCAUCUGGCCAUCCAAACCCUAUGCUCGCUGCAGGAAUACCAGAUUUAAAUGGAACUAGCAAUGAACCCAACAUAUUGGGAAAAGAUUUUCAGGAGGCAAACAAUGUUUUAUCUGUGGUGAAACCUGUGCGGAAGAGAAGGAGGAGGAAGGGAGAGGCUACUUUAAGCUCAAAAAAUAUAAUUAUAAAUUAUGAUAGAGCAGAGGCAAAUGGAAAACCCCUCGGGACCACUCUUCUCUUGACAUUUACCCCAGGUGCUUCCAUGCCUUCAAAAGAAGCUUUAGUGGCAACAUUUUGCAGGUUUGGGCCCUUGAAGGAAUCAGAGAUUCUGAUAAUGAAAGAUUCUAAUAGCGCCCAGGUUGUUUUCAUGAGGAGUGAAGAUGCUGGAAACGCAGUGAAGAGUUUUGAAAAGAGUAAUCCUUUUGGCGCAACCCUUAUGAAUUAUCACCUUCAGAAUGACAGUAUUCUAAAUAGUCAACCCAUGGAGGUACUCAGGACUCCAGCAAAGCCUUCUGGUUUGACGCCUCACCUUGGUGAUGCACCUCCCAUUGACUUUAUAAGGCAGAAUCUUGAGAUGAUGACGUCAAUGCUAGAGAGGUCAGGGGAUAAUCUUUCCCCAGAGAUGAAGGCAAAAUUGGAGAGUGAGAUUAAAGGCCUACUGAAGAAGGUUAGUUCUCUUCCAAAUUCCUCCUCUUCCUAGUUAGAACUGUAAAUGGUGGAGGUGUCUAUGUAAGUCCUCUGGAGUAGUUUCCCAUUUGUAGACUCUUUUGUCUUAGGAUCCCUGUCUUGUUCUCAUCUUUGGCUGUUGGUUUUGUUAGCCUGCUCUCUCUAAAUGUUGAUUCAAGAGCUGAGAAAGUUUUUUGUUAUAUGUAUUGAGAGAGCAUUAAGCAGCGGCAAUGACAUGCAUGUCUUCUUUCUGUUUUAUAUAGCUUUUUUGGGUCACUACUCGGAAAGGGGGGCAGUUGAAAUGAGAAAUAGAACCCUGAACUUGGGCAUUUUCACAUAAAA